CUGGCAAAUCCGUCCGCUGGUUCGUCCCUCCUGCCCGCUCUUUUACCCACCCCUCCCCCUUACCCUUCCUCCUCCCCAGCCCCCCUCCCUCCAAAGCCGACGAGAGAGAGGGGCACGGGGGAGGGAAGGAGUAGGUAAUUGGGAGGAUUAGGGUCGGGUGUUCCUUCUUGCCCCUUCUCUCCUCUGCCAAUCUCAAUGGACAUCUGCUCCAAUCUCCAUUUCAUUUAACAAUCCGAUCCAUUCUCCAUCUAAUUAUUUUUUUUCUUAAUCGGCGCUAUCCGUAUGGAUUCUAACACCCGAGCGGACCAAUCCGAAGAGCUGGUGCUGGCAAGCGCCGAGCUGUCGUUUGCCAACCGCGGAUGCUGCUGCUUCUGGGUGCCCUGGCCCGGCACAAAAUCCUGGGAACGGAUAGCGCCGGCCGAGGCAGCGCCCAUCAAGCGGCGCUGCUGGUGGACGGCGGGAUGGAGGACAUUGAUGAAGGUGAGAGAGUGGUCCGAGAUGUUGGCCGGCCCACGCUGGAAGACCUUCAUCCGACGGGUCCGCCGCUACGCCCGCCGCGGUGGUAGCGGCGGCGGGUUGCCGAGGAGCAGGUUCGGGUACGACCCCCUCAGCUACUCCCUCAACUUUGACGAUGGAAUGGACAGCGAGACCGACGACGACGUUGCCCACCGGGGAUUCUCCGCCCGGUACGUCGCCCCGCCGCUGUCGACCAAGUCGUCCAUGGAUCUCGGUGGGCGAGAUGCGUCGCCGCUCUUCGUCGAAUCCUCCGCAGCCAGUUGAGGUGUAGAAUUAUUGAUGGAGGAUCGUCUGUUUGUUUUGUCGAGUGAUCAUUUUUUUGAUUGUUUGUUUUUUUUUUGUUGAAAAAGAAAGAUAAAUUCGAUGUCCUUCAUUUUCUCUCUCUUAUGUUUAUUUUUUUUGGGUUUGAAAUUGGAAUUGGAAUUCUUGAUGA